GUCCGUAGCCGGCGCCGAAGCCAGAGCCGCGUGAACCGAGCGAAGGCUGCGCCGAGGCCGCGGUGCCCUGCCGGGCUUCCCCAGCCGCCGCCAUGGGCAUCAAAUUUUUAGAAGUUAUAAAACCUUUCUGUGCAGUUCUACCAGAAAUUCAGAAACCUGAAAGGAAAAUCCAGUUUAGAGAGAAGGUACUAUGGACUGCUAUAACCCUCUUUAUUUUCUUAGUAUGUUGUCAGAUACCACUGUUUGGAAUCAUGUCAUCAGAUUCUGCAGACCCGUUCUACUGGAUGAGAGUUAUUCUGGCUUCCAAUAGAGGAACUUUGAUGGAAUUGGGUAUCUCCCCAAUUGUAACAUCUGGUUUAAUUAUGCAGUUGUUAGCUGGAGCCAAAAUAAUUGAAGUUGGAGACACACCCAAAGACAGAGCUCUAUUCAAUGGGGCCCAGAAACUAUUUGGUAUGAUCAUUACCAUUGGGCAAGCCAUUGUGUAUGUCAUGACGGGGAUGUACGGGGACCCUGCAGAAAUGGGCGCUGGGAUCUGUCUGCUUAUCAUUAUACAGUUGUUUGUUGCUGGUUUGAUUGUGCUGCUGUUAGAUGAGCUGCUACAGAAGGGUUACGGCUUGGGGUCUGGUAUUUCCCUCUUUAUUGCCACCAACAUCUGUGAAACCAUUGUCUGGAAGGCCUUUAGUCCCACUACCAUUAACACUGGCAGAGGUACUGAGUUUGAGGGUGCAGUCAUAGCUCUGUUUCAUUUGUUGGCCACCAGGACAGACAAAGUCAGAGCUUUAAGGGAGGCAUUUUACCGGCAGAACCUACCCAAUCUCAUGAAUCUCAUUGCUACUGUUUUUGUGUUUGCUGUUGUUAUAUAUUUUCAGGGAUUUCGUGUUGACUUGCCCAUCAAAUCGGCCCGGUAUCGAGGACAGUACAGUAGCUAUCCCAUCAAGCUUUUCUACACAUCCAACAUUCCCAUCAUCCUCCAGUCUGCCCUGGUUUCAAACCUCUAUGUUAUAUCCCAGAUGCUCUCUGUGCGGUUCAGCGGCAACUUCUUAGUUAACUUACUGGGACAGUGGGCUGAUGUCAGUGGGGGUGGACCUGCUCGUUCUUACCCGGUUGGAGGCCUCUGUUACUAUCUUUCUCCUCCUGAGUCCAUGGGCGCCAUAUUUGAGGAUCCUGUCCAUGUGGUCGUUUACAUCAUCUUCAUGCUGGGGUCGUGUGCAUUCUUUUCUAAGACAUGGAUAGAGGUCUCUGGGUCCUCAGCUAAAGAUGUAGCUAAACAGCUUAAAGAACAACAAAUGGUAAUGAGAGGUCACAGAGAUACAUCGAUGGUCCAUGAGCUCAAUAGGUACAUCCCCACGGCGGCUGCAUUUGGAGGUCUGUGCAUUGGUGCCCUUUCAGUGUUGGCUGACUUUCUGGGAGCCAUUGGGUCUGGCACUGGAAUUUUGCUUGCAGUUACUAUUAUUUAUCAGUAUUUUGAAAUAUUUGUUAAGGAACAAGCUGAAGUUGGUGGGAUGGGUGCUUUGUUUUUCUAAACGUUCAAGUUAUUUCUUUUUGUGUGUGUGUGAAAGGGAAAAUAUUUUGACAUAUUGUUUUUGUCAAAAAAUGCUGGUUUCCCCCUUCCUUCCCUCAGUUUGUUUUCAAGUGCUACUGUCCCAUUUCUAUGGGCACCAAGCUAAGCCUGUGAGCAGCAUUAGUACCAGCUGCCUUAAAACUCAAGUUUACAUUAUUCGUUAAACAUGUCCAGUGUUGCCCAUAAUGCUGGAAACUGAAGCAUCUACCUUGCUGUGUUAAGUCAGGACAGUGAGUCGGUGACCUGGAUUUGUUUUGCACACAACAUUCAGAAUGAUUAUCCCCCUUGUUUAAAAAUAAAUGUAGUUCAAAUUGCCACUUCCAGUAUUUUUGAGCUUAUCUAAUGAGUUCUGGAACAUUUAUAUCUGAUCUAUAUUUUAGAUAAUUACUUUUUAUACUUUUUUAUCUCAUAGUCUCCAUGUUCCCUACCCUCCCCGUCCCCCUCCCUCCUUUAUUUGUCCCUUCCCAAAGCAGCCACUUAGCCCAAUGGGCAAAAAUCAAGCACUGAAGUUAUUUCUUGUCGCUGGCAACACCUGCGUCUCAUCUUCCUGGUUCUCAUCACUUUCCAGAGACAGCACGGUGGGUGCUGUUUGGACUGUAUUGGCUAUGCCUCCGAUUCCACCCAGUCACUUGAGAAUGCUUUCAACACACCACGUCCCAAUUCUUUUCUUUUCUAAGUCCCUAAAGCAAAGAUCUAAUUCUCAAGCAAUGUCUGUAGUUCAAUGGGGGUGAACAAUGAGUAAUUCAUGCUAGGAAUUUGUCUGUUGUUGUACUUAUAGCAGCAACAUGAGUGUAAACAGUAGACAAUAAACUUUUAUUUAAUAAAACCGUUUC